GGUUGUGCUUUCCUUCUUCCUUCUUUCUUUUUAGUAACAAGUUUAAUGGAGUCAACAAUUUACAGACGAAACAUCUGGUCAAAAGUCAAACCUUUUCUCUUUCCCUUUCCUUCUCCCGUCAUCUACUUCUGACCAAAACCCCCCUACCUACCCCCAAACCUUAUACGCCCAUUUCUCAAAUGAAUAUUUCUUAAUUUCCAUUUUUUUGGUACUUUUUCAGCUCAAAAAACCAACCAGAAAGACUAAAACUACGUCGUUUUUGAGCUGAUGGGUGAAGAAUUCGAGAGGAAGCGGAUUGAAGUUAAGGCUAUGGAAGCUUUGGGUUGUGGGUUUGAUUUUGCUAGCGAUUUCAGGUUGAAGUUCGUAAAAAGAUGUCCAAACGGGGGUAGAUUGGUAAUUUUGGAUGAGAGUAAUAGACGGAACGUCGUCAUCCCCGGCGGCGUUACAAUUCCCGAUGUAUCUGAAAAUAUCCGAUGUGAUAAAGGGGACCACAUUCGUUUCAAGUCUGAUGUUCUCGAAUUUAAUCAGAUGUCAGCAUUGCUAAAUCAAAAAUCAUCAAUACAUGGAAAGGUUCCAUCAGGCUAUCUAAAUGCCAUUUUUGAUUUAAGCGGAGCCUGGUUGAACGAUUCAGCAGAUGCUAAAUACCUGGCGUUCGAUGGUUAUUUUGUCUCGUUGUACUAUUUGCACCUGACAGCAUCCCCAUUAGUACUCCAUGACCAAGUGAAGAAAGCUGUUCCACCGCAUUGGGAUCCAGCAUCCUUAUCCAGAUUUAUUCAGGCUUAUGGGACACACAUAAUUGUGGGUAUGGGUGUUGGAGGCCAGGACCUACUUUGUGUUAAGCAGAAACCAUCUUCAACCGUUCCUCCUGCUGAACUAAAAGCACACUUGGAUGAUCUCGGAGAUUGUCUCUUUUCUGAUGAAGCAAGUCCGCUGCCUGAGUGGAAGUCAAAAGACAGUAAAAAGAAGGUCCCCGAGGUAUUCAAUCGCAUGUUGCAGUCGCAUACCAUGCAAUUUACUAGCAUAACAGAGACAUCAAGCAAGGAUGGUCUCACUAUAAUUUGGUCAAAAAGAGGUGGUGAUGUGUUUGCACAAAGCCACUCGAAGUGGCUUCAGACCGUGGCUGCUUACCCUGAUGGCAUACUCUUCAGACUUGUACCAAUUACUUCGCUCCUAACAGGAAUACCAGGAAGCGGUUAUCUCAGCCAUGCGAUUAAUUUAUAUCUACGCUAUAAGCCUGCUCUAGAGGAUUUACAGUGUUUCCUCGAGUUUCAAGUUCCUAGCCAGUGGGCGCCAUUGUUCUGCGAGCUGCCUCUUAGCCAUCAAAGAAAAGUGGCAUCUUGCCCUGCAUUGCAGUUCUGUUUAUUCGGCCCAAAGCUUUGUGUGAGACCUACCCAGGUUACAAGUGGUCAAAAACCCGUCAUUGGUUUGCGCUUGUAUUUAGAAGGGAAGAAAUGCAACCAGUUAGCCAUACAUGUACAACAUCUUUCUAGUUUACCAAAUAUUAUGGCAUCCAAGUCUGUUAAUAACCCAACCUCAUGCAAGCCAUGUCAAUGGCGAGGCUCCGAUGAUUAUGAAUCUAGCGACCAAUUCUUAGAUCCCGUCAGAUGGCCGAGAUAUUCCAACGUGUGCUCAUCUGUAGUUAAGCAUGAUCCAAGCUGGAUGCAGGGCGAAACCAGUGGCGUCUUCGUGGUAACUGGUGCACACCUUGUCAGCAAAGGGAAGUGGCCUAAGACGGUGCUUCACCUGCGUCUACUUUUCACCUAUCUUCCCAAUUGCACAAUACGAAAGACAGAGUGGGCAGCUACACCAGAGGGUACUCAUAGGUCAAGUUUCUUAACAAAUCUCAGCACAACUUUUACGUUCACUCAGCGAACAAAGACAGACGCUGCACCAAAGCAGCUUCCUGCUGCUCUUAACUCAGGUGUAUAUCCAGACGGACCUCCAGUACCAGUUCGAUCAACAAAGAUGCUCAAGUAUGUGGAUACGGCUGAGAUUGCACGAGGACCAUACGACACUCCUGGACAUUGGUUGGUGACUGCUGCUAAGCUUGUUACAGAAGGUGGGAAGAUAGGUUUGCAUGUGAAGUUUGCUCUAUUAGAUUUCUUAAAUGAAUCAUAAUAUCUUGUGUGUACAUAUUCUGGGGUAGCCUUGUCCUUUUCUUUAUAUCAUUUU